AUGGCUCAAGUACCGCCCGCUUUCACCCCGGACAGCGAAUUCACCGAGCUAGAAACCCCGCGAGGUCCUCCCAAUGGCAGCCUUUCUGUCACUGCCAUGGCUCGAUUUGAGUUUGAGGCAGGCAGGGCCAACGAUGGCACUAAGAUAUUGAUGGUUGAGUGGGAGGAUGACGAUCUGACCCGAUCUGCAACCGAGGGUUCAUGGCAUAUUUCGUGGGCCGGCAAGGAUGCGGUGAUGCCCGCCGAUGAACGACCAAGUGAUAGCCUUCGCCGCUGCUACUUCUUGCUUCCGCCUAAUACUACGAUUCCGCCUGUUGUUACACUGUCAUUCGAACACCACUCCACAGAUAAAGAACCGGAGGAUGCUGCCGCGCCUUCCUCGACCCACGCGGCAAAGCCGCAAGAGUCUCUCCAGCUCAAUCCCCUCCCCGCUAUCUUCCCUCCAGAGCUUGGAGCAACAGGCCGUGCGGCGGGGAAGAAAGGAGUACUGCAUACUAUUUGGGCAAAGAAGCGGCUUCGCGUUCUUGAGAAUGAGAUUGAAGCGGAAUCGCGCAACAACGUGGAAGGAAUUGCGCUGCUCAUGGCAAUCCAAGAAAAAGAGUGGAUUGAGCUGAACUUUGGAGUUGGGGCGCGCGCUAUUGAUUCCGUUGCCAGCAGCCACGACUCUGAUAAUUCGUCAUCUUUAUACCCAGCUACACCAGUGUCGCCCGUCAGCGGGCGAAAGCUGAGUGACAAGCUGAAAGGCCUAAAAUUGCAGACUAGCGGAGAUCUAUCUGGUAAUGGUAAUUUUCCCUGCGCACUUCAGACAAAUGUUCCCCAAGCUAACUCGGGAUCGCCAGGCUCCCAUGGCACCUCUCUGCUAUCGCCGCAAUCUCCUGAUGUUGCUGUCUCGUCAUUCAGCUCGUUCAGGAACGUAGCUAAUCGACACAUCCAUUCUAUGCCAACCCCUAACACUAAUCCCACCCCAACACCAAGUAUCCAAACAAAUAUCUCCGGUCCUGAAUCUCUCAAACCGGUCGCGCUUUUCCCACCCGACUUUCUCCAGGAAGCCCAGCAAGCCAGUGGGCCAACAGGUUUCGCGGCAAUGGGUGCUUCUAUGGGUGCGCUACCCCGGGGCACGAGUAACGAUUCGGGCGAAGAGCUAUUCGCUAAAGCAUUGAGCCCACGCUCACCGGAUCUGCCUCGCAGUCCCUUCUCAUUUGCCUGA